AUGUACAACAUUGUUGACUCCCACAUACACCUCAUAGACGACUCCUUAAAACACAUAUGGCGCCGUGAACAGCCGGACGUGCUUGCAGGAAACCACCGUCUCGAAGAAUACACUAGUUCCAGUGAUUCACGAUACACAGUCACUGGAAUCGUCUGGAUCGAGGCUCUUUGCUCCCAUACGCUAGACAAUGGAAUGGAGGGUAUGAAAAACGGCAUCGAAGAGUGCAAGUACGUUCUGCGGUACAACGAUGGCGAGAAACCUGGAUAUGUGAAAGCGAUGAUUCCAUUGAUUCCACUUCCCUGGGGUACUCAAAUUACUGAAUACGUGGAUGUAUUGAAGAAAGAGCUUGGACACCAGUACAAACUCGUCAAGGGGUACCGGUACCUUUUCCAGGACAAACCGCCCAAAACCAUGUUGGAUCCAAAAGUGAUCGAGGGGUUGAAGUGGCUUGAUGCAAAUGACUAUGUUUUUGACUACGGCAUCGAUGUGCACAACGGCGGAAUCUGGCAGUUCGAAGAGUCUGUUGAGCUCUUUCGCCAGGUGCCCAACUUGAAGUACAUCAUCAACCACUUGACCAAACCGCACCUUGAGCUUGAAGUCGAGGGAAUUGAGGAAAACGAGCUUUUCAUCAAGUGGAAGGCUCUCAUGACUGAGAUGUACAAUCUCACCCCAAACUCGUACAUGAAGCUUUCUGGAAUAGCUGAUUUGACCUUCCCCUGGUUUAAAGUCACUUAUGACCUCUGGGGAGCUGAAAGAACAAUGUGGGCUAGCAAUUGGCCUGUGACGAAUAUAUACGGUGCUGAUGAGUUGAGCUCCCAGUGGUUCACGGUAUCGGAGGAUCUUUUGGAUCGUGUGGGCGCUUCCAAAGAGGACAGAAGGAAGAUCUACGAGACCAACUACAUCCAAGGGUAUAAUCUAUGA